AUGUUUCCUCCAAACUCAGCCUUCAUUACACCCUCGGAAAGCAACUCUUGCGUUUCAUUUCUCAACUGUGGGGGACAUUCGUCAUUUCACGGAGCUGCACUUCCUGUCUUCAGUCAACGCAAGACAGGCGAUGACAGCAGAGAUGAAAUGAAACCUAUCGAGGACUACCUUGCUUCCGAAAUGAAUAAACUCUCUGUACAGGAACGGUCCAAAGCUCUCGACGAUAUCCAUUGUGUCGGUGAUGAGCUCGACGAGACCCCUGAAAUGAUUGAGAAAUCCCUUGCAGAAUUUGACGAAAUGCUUCAACGAAAAAAGAAUGUAAUCUAUGAGAUGGCUGAAAACCAAAAUAGAGAAUAUGUCGAGAAUCCAGAGUUCCGAUUAAAGUUCCUGCGAUCCGAUUUGCACGAUGUCAGCAAAUCGGUUCGUAAGAUGCUGAAUUUCCUGCAACACAAGGCAACGUAUUUUGGAAACGAAAAGGUCACCCGUGACAUCACGCUUGAUGAUUUGAAUGAAGGAGACAAGAAGCUAUUGUUGUUAGGCAUCCAGCAUAUUCAGGAAGAAAGAGACCGAAGAGGCAGAGUCGUUCUCUUCUUUUUCAAUCGAUACAUGGGUGUAGGCACGAUUUAUAAUCAUGCUCGGGUAUCAUAUUAUAUUAUGUUCAACAUUCUUUCUCAGAUUCCUGCCGUACAGAAGAAAGGGAUCGUCAAUUGCUUCUACGAUAUCACAAAACAAGGAGAGAAUAUCCCAAAGCCUGGGAUCAGCUUUAUGCUAUCGAUCUCAGAUUUUGUGAACUCCCUUCCUGUCCGCUUUACAGCAAUGCACCAUUGCCUGAGGGCUGGGAAAGAUGCAAACGUCGCCUUGAACAAGUUUGUGCUUGGAACAAUUUCUAAAUUUGCCCCGUACCAUGUCAGGGCUAGAACCCGCAUACACUACGGCACAGAUUUGGAACUUCAAUAUCAGCUCAAAGGGCACGGAAUUCCAGUCCAUCAUACGUUUCCUGUGGAUUCGAAUGGGAACAUGCGUGAAGACAUUAAGAAUGUUUGGUUCUAUAAGCAUCUUCAAGCCGUGGAAGGUCCCAGUGAAAAAGAUCCAGACAUAGAAGAGCAUAACUGGGUCGAUUUGCUAGAAGGGUAUAACUGGGACGACUGGCCAAUUGGAGAUACUGAUGAGAAUGACGCAACAUCUGGCCACUCGUCUCCAACUAGUCCGCCUCUCCAGGAUAUCCUCUUGGGGCGCGGGAAGCCGAUCCAGAAUCACUCUGGCAAUGUCUGCUUUCGAGAGUAUCUUAAACAGUUCAGUAUUGAAUACAACGAAGCACCACGGCAUCUCAGGCGAACGGUUCGUCUCAAGAUAAGAGAAGAUCUGAAAAGAAGAGGAAUUCGGUUCCUUCAAGAAAAGGAUGGCAGAUGGGUUGAAUGUAGCGUAGCCGAAGCAGAGAAGACGAUUGGCCAAGCCUUCCGGAAUCAAAGAAAACAAAGCAGGAAAGAAUAG